AUAUCGUUAGACACGUGCGUUUGAAACAUCCCCUUCGCGGAUCGACGACGACGACGUCGUACCGCGCCAAGAGAUCAUUCGAAUCCUCGCUUUUCAACGAUCACGGUCUCGCGCGACUCCGCGUUUCGAGUUCUCGUUUCGAAUCAUUCGUCGAUCUUUCCCGUCACGUGGCGGGUCAGGUACGGUCUCCAAGUGGUGAUGUGUAAAUCGCACCACGCAAUAGGGUGAAUUAGUGUGAUGAAAAUUGCUAAGUGAAACACUGCGGCGGUGAUUCGUUUCGAAGGAGAGUUGGACCGGUUCCUCGAUGCGCCCUUUCUUGGAGGGCGCAGCCUAUACGCGGUGGGAAGUCGAGAACCUUUGACGAAAGCUCACAGGACAGAGCACGAACGAACGUAGGAGUCACGACGUUGAAUAAGCGCGUAGGGAGGAAACGACACGAACAACAGCUUUGACGAUUCACGACGACGGGUACCAUGAAGAAAUCUUACCUCGUUUUCAUAUGCCUACUGGGCCUCGUCGUAAGCGACAACAGUACUAUCGACGAUUCGGUCAUCGAAGAUGUUUCGGAGAUCACGAAUACAGGCAACAACCCUGACGCAGAUUCGGCAGAACAGAGCGUCGCGUGGGGCGAAUGGUCACCUUGGUCCAAAUGGUUCGGUUGCUCCAAGAGCUGCGGCGGUGGAAUUUCUCGGCAGCAGAGGCGAUGCAGGAAGAAACCUUGCAAAGGUAGACCGUGGAGCACGAAAUACAAGAUCUGCAAUCCCGAGCCCUGCGAAAAACCGACCGACUUCCGGGCAGAGCAAUGCGCGGCAUUCGACGACGUACCUUACAGCGGGCAGCUACUCAAAUGGUAUCCGCAUUACGAUCCAGCGAAACCUUGUGCUUUGAUCUGUCGUGGCGAGCAAUCCCUGGAGAACACUGGCGAUCGUUUCAGAGAGGAAACGUCCGUCGAAAAGACACUUCCGCACGACGCCACCGAGGCAUUGCAGCUCGACAGCGACGAGACCAUCGUCGUCCAACUCGCGGACAAAGUCGAAGACGGCACGAAAUGUUACACCGAUGGCACCGACGUUUGCAUCGCCGGAGAAUGUAUGAUGGUCGGCUGCGACUUACGAGUCGGAAGCAACAAGAACACGGACGCGUGCGGCGUGUGCGGUGGAAACGGAUCGAGCUGCCAAUCCCGGUACUCUUGGAGUUUGGAAUCGAUAUCCGCCUGCUCGAAAUCAUGCGGCGGAGGCUUCAAGUUGGCGAUGGCUGUGUGCAAGAGCAACGGGCCAGACGAGAACGUGGUGGACGACAGCUAUUGCGAUCCGGACAGCAGACCGGAGAAGACCCGGAUGCCGUGCAACACGCACCCCUGCACUGCAAAAUGGGUAACCGGCGACUGGAGUAUGUGCAGCGCUAGCUGCGGGGGUGGAUCCAGGACCAGAGCCAUUUUCUGCACCGAGGAGAAUGGCAAUGAGACUACAAAGUUGUCCGACCACAGAUGCAGCAGCAACACGCACAAACCACGUAACCUAGAGACCUGCAACACCAUCUCCUGUCCCAUGUGGGAGACCAAUAAAUGGAGCGAGUGUUCCGUGACCUGUGGUACCGGCAUCAGAACAAGGACGAUCGAGUGCAGGGACGCGGUUGGCUCCAUCUCGAAUGACUGCGAUCCCGCCGAACGGCCCCACACCGAGCAAGAGUGCAAGACAAACAUCGUCUGUCCGAUAUAUAGCGAAGAAAUGACGCAGCCCCUGAUGCAACCAUACCCGCCACCUCCGGUGUCCGAGAAGCUGAUAGACCAACCGAUACCUUCGGAAUCCACGUUCAUCGCCGACGAAUGGUCGCCGUGCAGCGUGACCUGCGGCGAAGGGACCAGGCAUCGGGACGUUCGUUGCAAAAUAUUCCUCGAAUUCAGUCGGACCAUCGCGAACCUACCGGACCGACAAUGCUCGGGCCCGAAACCAACCAAAAUAGAGAAGUGCGUGACGGAGCCGUGCCCCAUGAUAGAGAACAGGCUGUCGUACGGCAUCGACACGGUCGGCGACAGCGGAUACGUCGAACCCAGCUUGACGGACACCUACAGAUCAUCGGCCGGCGGUUCCGGCGGUUCCGGCGGUUCCGGCGGUUCCGGCGGUUCCAGCGGGAGUAGUUACGACAGUGGCAUCAAGGUCGCCCCGGGAAGCGACGUGCAGACCACUUACUCGUGGAAGCAGUCUGGUUACACCCCUUGCAGCGCCACUUGCCUCGGAGGUGUACAAAACCUGAUAAUAAAUUGCGUACGAGACGACACAGGCAAGACCGUAAUGCCGUUGUUGUGCACCACCGAAACGAAACCAGAAGCCAGGAUAAGGGUCUGCAACGAUCAUCCUUGCCCUCCUAGAUGGAAUUACAGUGAAUUCUCGCAAUGCUCGAGACCAUGCGGGAUCGGUAUACAGACACGCGAUGUCACGUGCAUACACGAAGUGAUACGCGGCUCUACAGGUAAGGCAGUCCCUGUGCCAAACCACAUGUGCCCACAGCCGCAGCCAACCGACCGACGAUACUGCAACGUAUUGGAUUGCCCGGCGGAAUGGAGUGCAGGAGACUGGGGCAAGUGCUCCAAGACUUGCAACGGGGGCGUGAUGAGACGCAAAGUGGCCUGCGAGCAAGUAAUGGCCCAGGGACAUAGACAGAGUCGCAAGGAUCGUGAAUGCAUGUCGGAGAAGCCCGCGACUGAGAUGCCCUGCAACACCAGAGCUUGUCCCGACAUGGGGGCUGGUCCUUUACCGAUAAUCUCUAGCCAAAACACGACGUACAAUCAGACGGACCUAACCGCGGAAGUGAAUCUGAAAAUCGGUGGCGUCGCAAAGGUGUUCCAAGGCACGCAUUCCAUAAAAAUCCGUUGUCCCGUUAGGAAUUUCGACAAGUCGCAAAUCAAAUGGACCAAGGAUAACAAGGAAUUAAGGAGAUCGAGAAAGUACAAGAUCAGCAAAAAGGGAGCGUUGAAGAUAAAUGUGAUAACGGACGCGGACUCCGGUAUCUACUCGUGCAUAGCGGGAAAUUCGCACGCGGGGACGCAGCUGAUCGUAAAAUUUCGUUCCAAAGAGCAGAUUAGCAGCGAGGAAUAUUUACGACUGAGCAAUUCCGUCCACUUUCAACGAAACGCAAACUUGGACUCCGCUCCGGCGAAUUCCGGAGAGAGCCUCUACACUGAUCGCGCGGCCGCCUACGGGAACCUCUUCGUACCUAUAGACAGCGAAGAUUUAAGCCACGAACGAGCUUUCCCAAGUAAACCCACGACGAAGCCGCAUCAGAGGAAACAGAAAACUAGCCCGACACCGCCAGAUUCGACGCUCGUACACAAAGAGCACACUGUAACCUCGGAAAACCAGCCAGGAUACCACGAAUCUGUGGAAUCGACUGCAUCGUCAACUGCCUCUACUCUCGUACCGCACUUAACUUAUUUUAUAUCGAGUUUAAAGGAAUAUUGGCCGUUCCACGGUGAAAAUUCUGCCGGAAGAUCUCAGAAAACCACACCGUUGACGUUCGUCGAUGACACGCGAAAAGAAACAAUCGUAACGAAACGUACCAUGCCAGGCAAAACUUCCGGUCUGAGGUACCAGAACGUAGAGAAGAACUUGGACACUUUAUACCGCAACACCGUAAUUCCGGACAAGACCAUCGGACCAGACGAGGAAAGGAUAUUCAUAGACGUUGAUCCCUACGAUCUGGACGAAUCUAUAUUCGGACUCCAGCACGGUAAAGACCCAGUGAAGAAGAUCACACCACCUGUUGCUAGCUACAACGAUCCGGGAACGUCUACGGACUUUGACAACGACUACAUCGAGGAAUCCCUUAAGAACGUGAAAAGACAAUGGCAGAACAGCCCGGAUAUUAAGAGCCAUUGGAACUCCACGUCCAAAGAUCAAAGCAAAGAAACCACAAAACCAGAAACCACUUCGCACAACGAGGAGGUUUAUUAUAUUCCAGAGUCGAAUCCCAACCACGACAGCUCCGCGAUGAAAUCUUUCAGGAAAGGGACAAAUCGAAGGAAUCACGAUCAUUCGGAAACCGAACACGUUUUCUCCACGAUGUCGCUGAAAGGUUUGAACGACGCUUGGAGAAAACCGAAUACCAAAGACGAAGAAACGGAGAUUUUGAACAGGACAGAAGAUUACGGGGCUGGGGGAUUAGAAGAGGAAAAGAUGAAACGGAGGGUCCACGUGGAAAAUGAUACCGCGGUUGAUGAUGCCGAUCGAACAACAAGUACCAGAAACGUGGAGGAAGAUCUCAGCGAAUUGGCAUCGACCGAACACCGAGAAUCCUCCACCACCACCACCACCACCACCACCACCACCAUCACGGAGAAGGAUGAGUACUCGAAAAACUUGCGGAAAGAAGAUGGCGACAACUCGUCCGAGGACGCGAUUGAUUUUCGAGAGCAAUCAACGAACGAAGAAACCCAGAAAAUUAACAAGUCUUUGGAUGUUGCGGCUAAUACGACCAUUGGACCAAACAUCACCGUCGACUCUACAGUUGCGUCACUCGCUAUUUUAGAUACUACCGAGGAUCUCGUGUUCGAGUGGGUGACGACAGAUUGGUCAAAGUGCUCUCUGACUUGCGGAGGAAGUGGAUUUCAGAUGCGUGGGGCCCAGUGCACGGUACGUUCGUCAAAACCGUUUGGAAAUUCUUCUCGCGUGGCACCGCGAACGGUGAUAGGAGCGACACUGUGCGAGGACGCGGGAUAUCCUGUACCUCAGAAAGUCAGGCCAUGCGGAUUCGGCAAAUGCCCCCAAUGGCACACGACCGAAUGGACCCCCUGCGAGACGUCCAGGUGUUUCAACUGGAAAACCGCGAUGCAAAAACGCGACGUUACAUGUCGUUUAAUGGACGAGGCGGACAACAGUCAGCAAAACGUCACGCUGCUCGAUUUGAACGAAUGCGACGAUACGACGAAACCUCUGCAAAGGCAAGAGUGCUACAACGACGCCUGCAAGGGAGUGUGGAGAGUCGGCGAAUGGUCCGAUUGCACAGCAUCCUGCGAGGAAGAUGGCAUAAAAUAUAGAAUCUUGCAGUGUGUUUGGUUCGGAACGAAGAAACCAGCUGGCAACGCGUGCAGAGAUAUUCCGCGACCACCUGUUAUGAAGACGUGUAGAGGUCCACCGUGUCCUCGGACACCUGACGACUGCAAGGACCACUCGCAACUGUGCGGUAGGGUGAAGGUGUUGAACAUGUGCAGGGUACCCCUGUAUCAGAAGCAGUGCUGUCAGUCGUGUCGCUAGGCCCGAGAGAUGUUGCUAGCAAUUGUUGUUGCACGAAAACUAAAAUUAAGUCGAAAUUGAUGGGUGGAGAAACACGCGUGGGAAGUAUGUCGGUCGAGGCAACGAGUCCGAAGAUUACCUUGGCGUCGUUUGUCGGAACGCUCCCUGGAACACCUGCAAGCAAACGCCUCUUUCUCAAUCGAACCAGUGGAAAAAAGAAAAAUGGGGAGAUGACGCCACGUCGCAUCUCGCUAUACGUAAGAAACAUUCAACAGCGAUCAAAAUUACUACCGUUGGUAAUUAUCCCCCUCCACCCCAAUCUUUCCCGCGUGUUCUCGCGCUUCUCUGUGCUCUCGAGGCAACCUACUCGCGAGAUUCUUCGUGCCCCGAUAACAAUCUAAUUCCUAAUUGUGUGCUAAUUAAAGCUAUAAUUUUCGAACGUGCGCAACGCGUUAGUUUGGCACCGUUCCUAAUUGUCCAUGCUCGUGACCCAGGGGAGAACGAGAGAAUCCUGGCAUUCGUCCAAAACGGAACAAAAAGAAAAAAAACCAAGUUUCAGAAAUGAUAUUGUUCAAGUUCAACGAGAGCGGAAUAGUAGAAAACGUAAUUGUAUCCUGAAAGGAAGCUUUUGCGAACGAUAGAUCGCGAACGAUAGAUGGUCGCGGUUCGUGUUGGUGUUUCGAAAGACGAGCUUUGAAGCUAUUGAAAUGUUAGAAUGAAACUGUUACGAAGGGGUUGAGGCGCUGAACGGUACAGUUUCUCUCUGGACCGCGGUCCCGUAAAGAACGGCACAAAAAAUUCCUUCUUCGAGGCUUUAUUUUUUUACGUACACUUCGACGACACGCACGAUCGAUCGAUCGAUCCGCUCGGUUAGGUUUUUGAAAACGCGCGGUGAAAUCAUUUUUACCCCAAGACUGAAACGCUACGCUUCUUCUGUAAACUGUUCUCGGUGUUCACCGUUCCCCACCGUUCCCCACCGUUCCCCACCGUUCCCCACCGUUCCCCAUCGGGCACCAGCCAGCCAAUCUCAAAACCCAUAUUUUCUCCGUUUCGUUUUUUUCAUUUUCCCAAAGAGUGUCCUCGUACGUACAUUCCGCGCGUAUGUUUUCUUACUUCGUUACAUUUCCUCGGAGUAAAUGUAUUUGCGCAUUUAUUGCGACGUUACCUCUCAUUUCGACGAUGCAAAGUAUAAAUUAUAUUAAUAAUCGACGAAUGUUAAGUUAACGGAUGAUAAAAGUUAUUAAAGUUACUAACGACAUAAGUUAAUAAAUGAAUUAUUAAGCGCCUACGAGCGCCUCGUCGGGCGAACGUAAGCCAAUAGAUUCUAAGCAAUAAAAUCUAUAUAGGGUACUGUAAUAUACUAUUUUGUUAAUAACCUCUGGCGAAAAUUCGUUAACACGACGUUCCAUUGUUAAUCGAAACGGUUAAACAACUACUUGUGUUACUUGUGUGCCUCUGAUCGCGCGCGGCUAACCGCGCCAACGAUCGCGUUUAUUUCUAAUUGAUUAUAAUAAUCUGAUUCUUCUUGUGCUAUUUACCUUAAUUUUCUUCAAUGUCAGCGAGAACAUAUAUAUAUAUA